AUGAGCCCUAAAUACGUGAGGGCUGCUGAGCCCUGGGCGCUAGCGACAGACAGACAGACAGACAGACAGACAGCAAAGAUUACAGAGGGAAAACCUGAGCGCUGCAAGGAGAGGGCCCCAGUCCCUAUUGAGCGGGCACACUUUGAGAGCCUUGGUCACCAUCUUAGCAAACUGGGCGAGGAUGGCAAAAUUGGCCACAGAGUCAUCGACCUCACCAGGCCAGAGGAUCUGGAUGGGUGGAAAGCUCUGAAUGGCUCUGGUACCGGAGCAGAUAAACCACAACAGUAUUAUUGUUGGCCUACAGGAGGCGCCAGCACAGCCGAGGCACGGGUCUACAGGGAAGCCCGGGGGAGGAACAGCAACGAGCCCCACAUCAAGAGACCCAUGAACGCCUUCAUGGUGUGGGCCAAAGAUGAGCGCCGCAAGAUCCUCCAAGCCUUCCCAGACAUGCACAACUCCAACAUCAGCAAGAUCCUGGGCUCUCGCUGGAAGUCUAUGACCAACCAGGAGAAACAGCCGUUCUAUGAGGAGCAGGCCCGUCUCAGUAAGAUCCACCUGGAGAAGUACCCCAACUACAAGUACAAGCCCCGGCCCAAGAGGACCUGCAUCAUCGACGGGAAGAAGCUCCGCAUCGGCGAGUACAAGCAGAUGAUGCGUUCGCGACGGCAAGAGAUGAGGCAGUUCUUCACUGUGGGGCAACAACCGCAAAUCCCCAUCAGCACCAGCGCCAGCGUGGUCUACCCUGGGGCCAUAACCAUGGCAACGACCACACCCUCCCCUCACAUGACGUCUGAGUGCUCCAGCGCCUCAGCAAGCCCGGAGCCGGCCGUUCCCGUCAUCCAGAGCACCUACAACAUGAAGAUAGAGCCCAGUGCCAUGUUAACCAACGACCCCAUCAUCAACGGAGAGGUAGAUGAGAUGGACAUGUACGAGGACUUUGACGAGGAGCCCAAAUCGGACUACAGCAGUGAGACUGAGACACUGGAGCCUAUCGUCAGCGCCAACUGAGGCCUCUCAACACCCGAGCCGAGACAUACACACAUUCAUACUGGAGAACCAUCCCCAGGGCGGAAGACUGACUGAAGGAGGAGAAACAGAAGAACAAAAAAAUACAGAACAAAAAGAAAUGGUUCUGUUGAUGCAUCAUUUAGGAGCCUGCAUGCAUAUGUGGCUCCGUCAGAAUCAACAGCUAAAGGUCUUAAAUAUUUCUUACAGUGUGUGAAGCCGUUUGGUUUAGUUCGUUUUGUUUUUUGUUUUUUAUUAUCUCAUCGUUUAUUUUUUUGUGUUUUGUUCAUAGACAUUUACACAAUUAGGUUAUUGCCUAUACAACUUUGGAUGACAGGACUUGAAAUGUAACGUUUGAUAUGAAUCCAUAAUUCUUACAGUCUUACUUUUUUCUUAUUAUAUACAUAUUUUUUUCUCUUCAGUUAAAUGCUUUUAAUAGAUUUCAUUACUGUUUUUGAUGGGAGUUAUAUAUUCUCACUCAGGUAUGCUGUGCCAGCCAACAGCUUGUGAAUGUUUUAAAUACGAAUUUAUUUGAAACUAUUUAGAAAGCAAAAUAUUUGGAAAUUCAUAUUAACUAAAAACAAACAAACAGAACAAUUCCAUAAUUCUGGGACAUAAUCAGACUCCCGUAUUAUUAAUUGUAUUAGUAUUAUUAUUAUUAUAGUUAUUAUUGGUAUUAUUAACAUACUGUACGAUUUUGUGCAGAUGUGCCAAACGUUUCAAGGUUUUUUUCUCUUAAAUCAUUUGUUUGAGUCUCGAGGGAGAGACUCGAGUCUUAGACAAUCUCUUAAUAUCUUAGUGCGGCUUCAAAAUCCAGUUUCUUUAUAUACCUUCUAUAUUGAAACACUCAGGAAUCUGGAGACAGUGUGCUGUGUCUAGGGCAGGAACAGGAAGUGAUGCAAUAGCUUCAGGUGUGGUUGUUCAUAAUGGCAGCUGUUCUCCAUGGAGACCAAUGCGGUGACCAACAGGCCCUUCUCUCCCUGUCCCUCUCCAGCUCAUGUCACCAGCCCAGUCUAACACAGAGCACUAUAACACUCCCCUCACACUCUCUGCUCAUUCUUCAACUCAGUCUUACCAAGUUCUUAAUCAGAGUGAUUGUAAUCAGGCCAGAAUUCCAAGGGGCCAAAGGCAUCCAAUCUGUGGGAUUGGAAAGGCAGCGAAAGGCAGCUUUGGGGGCAUUAUAAUCACAAAUUGCUGUUUUACAAUGUGUAGCUACAGUACAUUCGGUUAAAUACUUUAGCCCCUACUGGGGCGGCAAGUUUUAAAGUCUUUGGUCUUAACAUUUUUUUUGUUAAAUCUUAAGUAUUUUUUCGACAUUGUAAAUCUUAAAUUGACACGAGAAGGUCUUAAAGCAGAGUUAACUACUGCAGCAGUCUUAAGAGAAGAGGCAGUGUGUGCGGGAAUAACAUCGUGUUUUUAUUAAAGGAGGGUUACAGACAAAGUUUUACAUUCUAACGAGUCAUAUGAAACACACCAGUAUUCCAUAAACCACACCAGAUCUGAGAUGGUGAUUCUCUACAUUCAUGCACUUAGAUGUUAACACUUACUACUUCAUUUUUCAACUAAGUUAAUAUUUUAUAUUGAACAAAAUUUGUGUUGUUUUAUAAUGACCAGUUGCCUAUUUUACAUAAAGUUUAACUUAAGUAUUUUAGAGCAAUUGAAAAUGCACUUCUGUAUUUUAUUUACAUACAGACAAUGAAUAUGACAUAUAACACAAUCAAUCAGCUCUUAAUCUUGUGACAAUCAGUCACAAACUGAAAGUCCUUUACCUCUUGAAUGGUUAUUUUACCAGUUGAUCAGAUCCCAGGUUGUUACCUAUGGAGAAAAAGCUAGAGAUGGCCAGCAGUCAAGGCCUUACUGUCCAUAAUACAGCCCUCCUACAGGCCAGAAGGACUAAGUGCCUCCCUCUCUGCCCUGCUAUUGCCCUGUCUCGACUCCUUCCCAUGGCAACCCCCACACCCAGGGGGUGCCAUCUGGCUCAGAGUGGCAGGCAGCGCUAGGCUGGGGAGAGGAGAGAGGGGGAACAAUAAGGACGGGGCACGUAGAGCAUAUUGUGCUCUCCAUCAAAGCACAGACAGUGAGGCCUCCACCCCGUUUUCCACCCUGGCCCAGCCACUAGGCGCUGGCGAGCAGAUGGAACAAGUACAUCAAGCUGUGGGGGAUUAUUAAAAUGACUGACGAGUGGGUAUCAUCUCAAAUGCAGCAUUAUUAAUGCAUGAGCCCGGCUAUUCUCCUCCCGUGCCCUUGAACCUGUCCAUUUCAGACCAAGUCCAGAGGUUUAAAAUGAUCUAAAUGGCUGGUCACCAGCGCUAGCUGUCUACAUGGCCAGGACUCCCUCCUACUGCUGGUCACUGCAUUACUCUCCCAGGUCUAAUUGAUACAGAUGGCUCUUUAGUACUUUUAAUUUUACUCGACCCAUUCAGAGCUGGCUUUUAUUGUGUUGUGUCCACGUUUGAAAGCAUUUAUCUUAAGUCUUAGAAGUUUUUAAGCACCUCAUUAUUAAUUGCCAUUUCAGUUUCGUUUUCUUUUUUUGGUUGGUUUCUUUGUUGCUAUUGUUGUUUUAAGGUACAAUGCUUUUUUAUAGGAUUUCCUCCCAUACACAAACCUAAACGGAUUUCCCUCCAGGUCAACAUGUCUAGGUUUUUAAGCUGUUACUUCUGUUUGCUGGUUGAUUGGUUGAUUUGUACGUGAUUUGUACAUAUUUCUAUGUCCAUGCCUAACCAAUUCAGUGUGCUGGUAGUUACAAAAGGACUGUUGAUAGGACUGAAACUUGACUGCGCUUGUAUAACAAAAAAAUUACAAAAAAACGAAGAACUUAUAUCUCGCAAGGAGUCAAAGUGUUAUAAGCACUGGAUAUAAAUUGUAUUUUUAUCAAUUCUGACUAAUGUGAAGCUGUUGUACCAGAAAAAAACCUGAAUGAACAAAAGUCACGACGACUUGGACUCGUGGGCUCGUUCUCACAGUUACCAGAUUUGAAUAAUUUUUCAGUCUACUUGUUUUGUUUAUUUAUGCAAAGACAUGUGUAGUGAAUGAACACUUUGUCUAAGCUCCAGGGCCACCAAGGGGAGAGAGACAGCGCGCGAGAGAGACUGAGCAGUAAACUCAACAGAACGCUUGCAUAGUGACUGGUUAGCUGAGAAACACCGGAUUUCAGACACGCAUUUUAUUGGUCACAUAUGUUUUGUGUUUUAUAUUGUAUUUGAAGCUAUAUAGUGAGUAUAGACAUUGUAUUUAUUAGCCACUGUUGGCUCUAAAAUUGUCAGUAGAACAUAAUGAAAGGACAAUAAUCAGAGAGAAAAAAAAUAUGUUUAAUCAAUUGGAGCUUCAUUUUUCAGUAAAUUCACCAUUUCAUUAUAGAUUUUAUUGUAAAUACAACAUAGGAAAUAGAAUUAUAUUUUUGUUCAUAAGUACUUAGUGAAGUAUUAGUUAUGUAUUUGACUGUUAUUUUUUUCUUCCUUUUUUACAUCAGUGUAUGUUGAUCAUCAGUGUAUGUUGAUGUUCUUAAAACUGACAGGUCACUGUACGUCAUGUAGAUUCUGAUUAUUUCUCCCAGUUGAAGAGAGCAGUAUUGGACGGUUGAAGAGAGCAGUAUUGGACGGAGCUGUAGCUGAGAUAGACAGACAGGCCCCUUCUUGCUAGCGUUUCAAUGACCUCCCUCAGACAAUUCAAGGAGCCAAUCAAAACCCAAGCUAUACUCCUUAGCCUUGGACAUUAAGGACAAACGUUUUAAAAAUAAAUAACUUCAUUUGUAUCUAAUUACAUGCACAGUCGGUACAAAUAAAGUACUCUGUAUGUUUCAUAGGGACAGUGGUAAAAUUAAUCUGAACAACAAGCAGUUAGGAUGUAUAUGUUUUUAUUAUACAACUUGCGUUUGCAAUCAUGACUCAAUCCUAGCGACAUACCUUAUCGCUUGUGUUUUGUGUUUUUCACAGCCCUCAGGGGUUAUACUGUUAUGUGUCAAAUUUGAACGGAGAGGUUGAUAGUAGCAUAAAUGAAUAGCUACAUUUUAAUUGCACAUCUGCAUGCAUUUGUUACAUUUAAAAUUAGAAUGACCCAAGAGGAUUUAAUUCAUUGGCAAUUUUACACAAGUGAGGUUCUUGGGGAGCUGAAAUUGAAGGGAGUGUGCAAAUAUUUUUUAGUUUUAACGUGGCACAAUGCAGAGCCACUCGUGUGUAUUCUAGGCCUAUACUCUUUUUGUCCUUCUCUAUGUGUUGCUAACCUUUUUAAAGGCAGCCCAUCCAGCCAUCAGCAAAGUGUAGUCAUGACCUUUUCUAUGUGUUGCUGACCUUUUUAAAGGCAGCCCAUCCAGCCAUCAGCAAAGUGUAGUCAUGACCUUUUCUAUGUGUUGCUGACCUUUUUAAAGGCAGCCCAUCCAGCCAUCAGCAAAGUGUAGUCAUGACCUUUUCUAUGAAUCCAUCUGUCUCUCAGCUAUGUAAAUGCGAACAAGAUUCAACAACUGAAGACUAAGCUUGUAUGCUGUUUCAAUAACUUAACUUAAAUGUAAUGAUUUUUUUCUGUCAUUGAACUUUGUGAUGUAUAUGGUGGGAAUGUUCUCUGUGUUCAUUGAGUUAGCACAAUUCACUGACAUGCUGGACUGACAUGCUAGCUGCUGUUCAGGAGUGUAACAUUUGCUGUUGGGGACAACUUAUACAGUUGUCAAUGGUACUUUGCUUUCUAAAUUUAUUUUUUGUCUCUCAAGCAACACUGUGUGUGGCUCUUCUGUCGCUGGGGCUGUUGCUGUUUUGAAACCGCUGGCAGACUGAUACAGUUUUCUGCGUAGAAAUCAAUUUCUUGGCAGGUACCUAGGCCCAGGGCAGGUAUUGUUAAGGGCGUAACUAGAGAAAAUGAAAUAGUGUCUGUUGCUGCUUUGAAAAAUGUUUUAAUUCUGAAAAUGUAAAUAGUUUAUCAUAAUAUCUUGUACAGUCCAGUGUAAAGUUUUUAAUUGAACUUAAAAAAAAGGUUGCCAUCACAUUUGUGUUCACUUUCUUCUUCAUACAGUACAAAAGGACAGCUACUUGCUGAGGAUAUUAUUGUUAAAUUAUAAAAAGGAAAAGGUACUAAAAUAUUUUAUUUUGCUUGGCUUCAAAAUGUAAACCAGCAAGUCUUUGGUUUCCAUGUGCAGUAUUGACGUGAGGUAAACUUAAGGUGAAAUAAUUCUACAGUGGUAUGUAUUGGAGACCAGUCUCCUCUGUGUUGGUAGUAUUAAUACACUAUAUCAAAUAAAAUACACCAGAUGACUGACACAUUUGGGUGUAUCUAGGCACCUUAGUAAUGUGUGCAAAUAUCUAGGUUGUAUUCCCCACAGGAUGCAUUCAGGCAUAUUGUAAUGUAACAUCAUCUUUCUAUAUGUACUCAAUCCAUUGAUGUAACAAGGCAGGAGUGGGUUGUAUAACUGCCUGUUUAAGCUCAUUUACCUCAAGAGUUUCCUCCUUUUGCGUAAAAGAGUAAGAAAUUGUGUGACAAAGUCUCACCAUCACUCCCAUAUUUUGUACUGCUGUUGACACUUACAAAUUAAAGAGACAUUUUGUUUUAA